GAGAAUUUUAUUUGUUGCAGUUUGUUUAGGUUUUGGUUUGCAUCACUUUGCCAGCAGAAGAGAAAUAGGGCUAGUUAUCGUUGGUCUUUGGAACGCUUUGGAGUCAACUAUUAAUGUUCGAAUUGCCCUUGAAGACAGACAUCAUUGUUUUAAAGAAGUAACUUGAACAGAAUUCUACCAGGAUGCUGAGUCUCAUUGCCAGAAACACUUGCCAGCUAGCAAGAAGUAGCUAUUUUAAAAAUACUUCUCAUUUCAACUACCAAACUCCAGUAUUUUCAGUUCUAAGAAGUCCAAUUAGAAAUUUCUCCCAUAAACAACUAGUAGCUCAUGUUAAAAAGUUUACACACCCUAUUCGACAGAACAGCUCUGCUUCAGUACAAGUGAAUGCCAUCCCACAAAAUGCUGAUAAAGCAGUUGGACUCUGGCUCCUUGGUUGUAGUGGGAUGGUUUUUGUUGCCGUUAUAUUAGGUGGAGUCACAAGAUUAACAGAAUCGGGAUUGUCCAUGGUUACAUGGCGUCUUCUUGGAGAGAAGAUGCCAUGGACUGAUGAGGAGUGGAAUGUUGAAUUCGCUAAGUAUCAACAAUAUCCGGAAUUCAUGUUUAAAAAUCAAGAAAUGACAGUAUCAGAGUUUAAAAGGAUAUGGUGGAUGGAAUUUGCCCACAGACAAUGGGGCAGACUUAUUGGCACAGCAUUCGCCAUUCCAGCUCUAGCUUUUUGGGCUAAAGGUUAUUUGAAUUCUGCCACAAAGAGACGUGUUCUGGCAUUUGGUACCUUAAUUGGUUGUCAGGGUCUGAUGGGAUGGUACAUGGUCAAGUCUGGACUAAAGAAUAAUUUCGAUGAUCCCAAUGAUGUGCCGAGGGUCUCACAGUACCGCCUGGCCUCCCACUUGGGCCUGGCCUUUGGCCUGUACACACUGCUCCUUUGGUCAGCCCUUGACAAGCUCCUUCCCGCUCAGCCCUUCCCUGCUGCUGCGUUGAGUGACGUCAGUGCUGUGAAGCGAGCUCGACUAAUUCGCCGUUUGGCUUUCACUUCGAAAGCUCUGGUGUUCAUCACGGCACUAUCAGGAGCUUUUGUUGCUGGCUUGGAUGCAGGGCUGGUCUAUAACACCUACCCUAUGAUGGCUGACAAAUGGAUUCCGUGUGACUUGCUUGCCUUCUCGCCAACUCUGAGAAACUUUUUUGAAAACCCUACAACUGUACAGUUUGAUCAUCGAAAAUUGGGAGAGACAACUUUUGCCGUCAUAACAUCUCUAUUUCUACUGUCGAGAAAAGCAAAACUACCGCCAAGGGCGCAUACUGCCCUCAAAGCAUUGGCAGCCAUGGCGUGGGUUCAGGUCGGUCUUGGUAUAACAACUCUAUUGACUUACGUACCAGUGCCACUGGCAGCAUCACAUCAGUCGGGUUCACUAGUAUUGCUUUCAUUCGCUAUCUGGUUAACUCAUGAGUUAAAGCUAUUAAAGUAUCUACCUAAGUAAGAUAAAAUGUUAGUGAUAUAAUGAAGUGAUCUCAAGAUAAUACGGCAUUUAGCAUUGUACAUAAAGUGGGAGUAUUCUACAAAUUCUCGUCCCACUUCACAAAUGUAUUGGAUGAAUAAAAACUGCAUGGAGAGCCAUGAAA